GCCCAGAGAAGUGAAAUGACUUCCCCAAAGUCACACAGCUGACAAGUGCUUUGCACACAGCACAGAGAAGAGCCAUGAAGGUGGUGAACUUGAAGCAAGCCAUCCUGCAGGCCUGGAAAGAGCGAUGGAGCGACUAUCAAUGGGCCAUAAACAUGAAGAAAUUCUUCCCCAAGGGGGCCACUUGGGACAUCCUCAACCUGGCAGAGGCGCUACUGGAGCAGGCGAUGAUCGGACCAUCCCCAAACCCUCUCAUCCUGUCCUAUCUGAAAUACGCCAUCAGCUCCCAGAUGGUGUCCUACUCCACCGUCCUCACCGCCAUCAGCAAGUUUGACGACUUCUCCCGGGACCUGUGUGUGCUCUCCUUGUUGGACGUCAUGGGCAUGUUCUGUGACCGGCUCAGCUGCCACGGCAAGGCGGAGGAGUGCAUGGGGCUGUGCCGGGCCCUGCUCGGCGCCCUGCACUGGCUGCUGUGCUGCACGGCUGCUUCGGCGCAGCGGGUUCGUGAGGGAUCGGAGCCCGGGGCGGCAGCGGCCGGCGAGAAGCAGCUCGCCGUCUGCCUGCAGCAGCUGGAGAAGCUCUUGAGCAGCACCAAGAACCGGGCCCUGCUCCACGUUGCCAAGCUGGAGGAGGCCGAUUCCUGGACGGCCAUCGAGCAGGCCCUGCACAAGGUCGGGGAGAGCCUCACCGGCCUCAACAACGCCCAGCUGCGCGCCCAGGCCGAGGAGUGCGCCACCCUCAUCCGCAGCAUCCCGGCCAUGCUGUCCAUGCACUCGGAGCAGCUGCACAGGACGGGGUUUCCCACGGUGCACGCCGUGGUGCUGCUCGAGGGGACCAUGAACCUGACGGGCGAGAUGCAGCCGCUGGUGGAGCAGCUGAUGAUGGUCAAGCGCAUGCAGCGCGUCCCCUCCCCGCUGUUCGUGCUGGAGAUCUGGAAAGCCUGCUUUGUGGGGCUCAUCGAGUCCCCCGAGGGGACCGAAGAGCUCAAGUGGACGGCCUUCACCUUCCUCAAGAUUCCUCAGGUGCUGGUGAAGCUGAAGAAGUACUCACAGGGCGAGAAGGACUUCACCGAGGACGUCAACUGUGCCUUUGAGUUCCUGUUGAAGCUCACACCGCUGUUGGACAAGGCUGACCAACGCUGCAACUGCGACUGCACCAACCUCCUCCUCCAAGAGUGCAGCAAGCAGGGACUCCUUUCAGAGGCCCACAUGACCAACCUCGUAGCCAAGCGCACGGCGGACCGGGAGCUGGCCCCCCGGCUCAAGUCGGCGGAGAGCGCCAACAUCCAGCCCAACCCGGGGUUGAUCCUGCGGGCCGAGCCCACCGUCACCAACAUCCUCAAGACGAUGGAUGCUGACCACUCCAAGUCCCCGGAGGGUCUGCUGGGCGUGCUGGGACACAUGCUGUCUGGGAAGAGCCUGGACUUGUUGCUGGCCGCAGCCGCGGCCACAGGAAAACUCCGCUCCUUCGCCCGGAAAUUCAUCAAGCUGAAUGAGUUCACCAAGCACAUCAGCGGAGAAGGCUCCAAAGCAGCAUCAGUGCGCGCUCUGCUCUUCGACAUCUCCUUCCUCAUGCUGUGCCACGUGGCCCAGACCUACGGCUCAGAGGUGAUCUUGUCUGAAUCGAGCGCAGCGGGCGAGGUGCCCUUCUUUGAGAUGUGGAUGCAGACGUGCAUGCCCGAGGAGGGCAAGAGCCUCAACCCGGACCACCCCUGUUUCCGGCCCGACUCCACCAAGGUGGAAUCCCUGGUGGCGCUGCUCAACCACUCGUCCGAGAUGAAGCUGGGGCAGAUGAAGUGGCACGAGGCCUGUCUGAGCAUCUCGGCGGCCAUCCUGGAGAUCCUCAACGCCUGGGAGAAUGGCGUCUUGGCCUUCGAGUCCAUCCAGAAGAUCACAGACAACAUCAAAGGCAAGGUCUGCAGCAUGGCAGUGUGCGCCGUGGCUUGGCUCGUGGCCCACGUACGCAUGCUGGGCCUGGACGAGCGGGAGAAGUCCCUGCAGAUGAUCCGCCAGCUGGUGGGGCCGCUGAACGGAGAUAACACCCUGCAGUUCUACAAUGAGAGGGUGGUAAUCAUGAGCUCGAUCCUGGAGCACAUGUGCGCCGACGUGCUGCAGCAGACGGCCACGCAGAUCAAGUUUCCGGCCACGGGCAUGGACCCCAUCCCCUACUGGAGCCUGCUGCCGCCCAAACAGCCCAUCCGCGCCGUGCUGGCCUCCACCUUUGCCCGCGUGCUGGACAAGGGCUGGGCCGACAGCCGCUCCCUGCACGUCUUCGACACGCUGCUGCACAUGGGCGGCGCAUACUGGUUCUGCAACAACCUGGUCAAGGAGCUGCUGAAAGAGACGCGGAAGGAGUACACUCUGCGGGCCGUGGAGCUGCUCUACUCCAUCUUCUGCCUGGACAUGCAGCAGCUGACCUUGACCCUGCUGGGCCAUAUCCUGCCCGGCCUGCUCACCAACCCUGCCUCCUGGCACAGUCUCAUGGACCCGCCGGGCACCGCCCUCGCCAAGCUGGCAGUGUGGUGUGCCCUCAGCGCCUACUCCUCCCACAAGGGCCAGGCCUCCUCGCGCCAGAAGAAGAGGCAUCGCGAGGACAUCGAGGACUACAUCAGCCUGUUCCCCCUUGAUGACACACAGCCCUCCAAGCUGAUGCGGCUCCUGAGCUCCAACGAGGACGAUGCCAGCGUUCUGCCCAGCCCCACAGACCGUUCCAUGAGCAGCUCCCUGUCCGCCUCCCAGCUCCACACCGUCAACAUGCGGGACCCUCUGAACCGCGUCCUGGCCAACCUGUUCCUGCUCAUCUCCUCCACGCUGGGGGCCAAGACAGCCGGGCCGCACACGCAGUUCGUGCAGUGGUUCAUGGAGGAGUGCGUGGACUGCCUGGAGCAGAGCAGCCGUGCCAGCAUCCUGCAGUUCAUGCCCUUUACCAUGGUGUCAGAGCUGGUCAAGGUUUCCACCAUGUCCAGCCCCAAGCUGGUCCUGGCCAUCACCGACCUGAGCCUGCCCCUGGGCCGCCGGGUGGCUGCCAAGGCCGUGGCCUCCCUCUGAGGGGGCCCCCGCCCCGCCUCCCGUCAGAUUCAGGCUCCCGGGCGGGGGCGGGCGACGACUCCCGUCCCUCCAAGCCGUGAGUGGGGCCGGGGCAGGACCUCGGGCAGGGUGAGUGGAGCUCGGAGCAGAAUUUUUUACCCGGCUAGAGGGCAGCACGCUCCCUCUCUUGCUUUUGUGUAAAUAAAGAGCCGUCUUGUUCCCUG